CCUGUCGUCCCCCACCGCCAUUGUAUUGCCUAGCUUCCCUCUUUCCCCGCACCUUGUCGCUAUGUCGAUAGGUCUGCACUCUCAUCUACACCUUCUACACUUGCUCUUCCGUAACCUUUCGUCCUUUUCGAGUCGUGCGAGAGCACGCUUGGUCCACUUCGAGGAAGUGAGAUUUCUUCUCGCCCGUUGCUCGUUCCCCACCUCAUGUCAUUCUUCCGCACUCGUAACGCACGAAACGAGUGUGCCGGAAGAUAAUAUUGCGACUCGACGGCAAAGAAAGAAGGAUAAAUAGAUGUGGGAAGCACGACGCCAUUGUAUCCAUAAGUUGCUGCGUGCGCGCCCUAAUAUCGUUAUUACCUGUUCCGAUUCGCGCUCCAUCGAAGGAGUUUCCGGCGAGCGUGGAUUAUUGUGUCUACCGAAAAAGAGUCGCGCGAUCGCACGAGCGAAUCUACGCGGAAUGUCAUCGCUAAUCGCGCCGAGUACCGAAGCUGCCGCAACUUCGCACUGUGUCGGCGAUUCGAACUCUGCGCGCGCGCAUGCGCGUUCCACGUGUCGUGCCGAUAGGACGUUGCCGCGAGACCGAUGUAAAUAGUGAUGCGCCAUCUUUGCCGGUUAGCGGCAGCUGAUGAGAGGUAUGAUAAGUCAUAUUGUCGCUGUCACAUUUCGGUUUGAAAUUAUUUGGUGAGGCACGUGAACCUAUUUGUAAGAAAGAUAUUAUACAUCAGGUCGCCCCAUUUUGUUUGACGAUGUCCAAUGUAUAGGUUAAGUCACAGUGACAUAUCUGACAGAGAAGAAAAAUGACGAAAAUAGUAUCACUUCACGACUUUGAAGGCCCUAUUUUUGAUGAUGUAGCUACUGUUGGUUUAUUGGGCAAUACUAUGCAUUACUGUAGUUACAACAAACUGCAGGAUGAGAAGCAACCCUUCUACAAAUACUUACGCAAUUAUCCUGAAGUGUUCCUUAUCCAAGAUAUCCCGGCUACCCGUGACUCAAUGCGCACUGUAAGUGCCAAUGAACUAUUCUUACCUGUCCAUGAUAGUGCUUUUAAAAAGCUUGCUAGUAUAUGGAGGGAGAAAGGCUUAUCUGAAGCGAUUCGUUUUGCUGCUGCUGCUAAUCCACGAGAAAUCACAAGUGGUAUACACUGGAUAGCGACAAAACUUAUGAAAGCUUUAGAUUUGAUGGAUAGAGGGAUAUAUUACAGAGAUCUUUUACCAACCUCGGGAGAUGGAUCUGUUGCUGAUAUUGCUACUACACGUGACUGGAAUAUCUCUCUGGUAAGGUGUAUGUCUUGGCACCCGUAUUGCUAUCGCCUAGCUGUGGCCACGAGGGACGAUCGAAUUCGUAUUUAUUCACCGGUGUCGAAUAAUGUUGACUGGAUGUCACUGAUGCUACCUAUACCAAUAUUGCGACAUAGCGAGCAGAAAUCGAUAUGCUGCUUAAGUUGGAGGCCAUACAGCGGUCGUGAAUUAGCAGUUGCUUGUUACUACGGAGUGUUGGUUUGGACGAUAGAAUUAGGUGCAGCCAGUAAUUUACUCAGUCACGCGUUACUUCUGAAACAAAGGAAUCAUGCGCCUGUUACAAGUGUCACGUGGCAUCCACAAGGUGACCUAUUGGCAUCUUGCUCACCGACGGACUUAAGUAUAAUGAUUUGGGAUGUUUCUAAGGAAGAGGGGGUUCCCUUGAGACGUGUUGGCGGAGGUGGCAUAUGUUUCACACGUUGGUCACCUUGUGGUUCACAAUUAUUCUCUGCUUCGUGUGGAAACGUUUUCAGAGUUUGGAAUACUGGCGUUCCAACACCAUGGCACGCGGAUAAAUGGACCGUACCCAGUGGUCGUGUAGCAGUCGCAUGUUUUGGUCCCAACUUGACAUUACUUUUUGCUACCACCGAGGAUCCCGCUACAAUAUUUUCGUUGCCACUGCGGGAUAAUAUAUUCGACGAUAAAAAGGCAAACAACAAUGACGUGAAGAUAGCUAUGCGUCUGAUUGACUUAACGAAGGUGAAUUUCGCAUCUGACGAUAACGACGAUUAUGUCACAGCGGGAGGUAGGAUAGUCUCUAUGGAGUGGAAUUCGACGGGGCGAUAUCUCGCGAUAAUUUUUCAGGAUAGCCCGGUGAUCGCUCUGUUUAAAACAAGUAUAAAUACAAUAUCGCGAAUAGUGGAAGUUCAACCUAGCUGCCUUAUCAAAGGAUUCCCCGGAGAAGUGCCGAACUGCAUUAACUUUUAUCAGAAAGAUACCUUGUGUAUUUGCCUGACGAUAGCUUGGAGCAGCGGACGCGUGCAGCAUUUCCCGAUCGUGGAGGAUCACGACAAACUUUAUUCCGUUACAUCGGUCUACGGGAACAAACGAAUUGUAUAACCUCGACGUCGGCAAUUACAGGUUACUAUAUUAGGUUGGUUGUUUUAUAACGAGCAAUAAGAAAGCGAUAGCAGUAAGUUUUAAAUAUCAAAUAUUAAGUAAGUAUUGAAUAACAAGCACGUCUUUUAUCUUUUUGUCAGCGAAUAAAUGACGGGAGAAUGAAAGUGAACACUCACUCGCGAG